AUGACUAAACAAUUCAGAGGCAUACCAAGAAUACUGAAUGCUGGUCUUGCUGGCAUUGUUGGAGUUACUUGUGUAUUUCCUAUUGAUCUUGUCAAAACUCGCUUACAAAAUCAAAGAAUUGGACCUAAGGGGGAGUUGGAGUACAGUGGAAUUAUUGACUGUGCAAAAAAGACUUGGAAAUCUGGUGGCAUGUCAAAAUUUAGCAAGAUAAGAGCUCUUUACUCAGGAUCUGCUGUUAAUAUUGUUCUAAUCACUCCAGAAAAAGCUAUAAAACUUGUUGCAAAUGACUUCUUUCGCUAUCAUCUCGCCGUUCCUGGACAGAAGUGA